AUGGAUUUAAACUUUGCAGAGAUAAAAGAUUUGUGGACAAACACAAAUAAGUUAACAGCCAAAGAAGGUGAUGAUAUCACAGUAAAUUGUUACUAUGACAGAAAACAAUAUGUUUUUAGCAAGAAAUAUUGGUGUCAUGGAGCCUCUAGAUCUACUUGCCAAAUUCUGUGUGACACGGAACAGAGAAAAUUUCAGAAGCUUUUUAUUAAAGAUAACAAGAAUUGAUUAUUUUAUGUCACAAUAACAAACUUGGUUCUUGAAGAUUCUGGAACUUAUUGGUGUGGAAUUGAUCGACUAUAUGCGGAUAUAAUGUCUUCCAUGGAGCUGAAUGUGAUUGAAGAACCUAUAUCAGUGCCAUUGCUGUCCUACAUUAAUGAUCCAGAGGAUUCCUGUUUUGGGCUACCAGUAGUAAUCAAAUGCAGCUCUAACAGAGGAUUCCGUGUGCAGUACACUUGGUACAGAAUGGGCACUACUCUCGCUACAGUAGGAUCCAGCACUCUGCAGAUAAAAUGUGAGUCUCUUACAGAGACCCAGGAGUAUUAUUGUGAGGCCUCAAAUAAAAGACAGAAAAAAUCCAGUGCCAUUGUCAAGGCUUUGUUAUUGAAUUUCAAGGACAGAGAGUGUGUGUACCUUCUGCUACAAAAAGGUAAAUUAUGCACAUAA